AUGCAGACUUCGCUGGGAAAAUCUUCUGUUCUAACUCAGUAUUGGUGCUGGCUGGGGGCUGUAAUGUUGAUGUGGCUGCUCCUGACGAGCGUGUUGCCGGGAGAUUGCGCCAGGACCAUCCGGACCAAGUACGGCGAACUGUCUGGGGUGAUGGUGACGCCGGACUCGCGGCACCUGGGGGCGGUCGAGGUGUUCAAGGGGGUGCCGUACGCCUCCCCGCCCACCGGCUCCCUCCGGUUCAUGCCCCCGGUCACAGGCGCCAUCUGGUCCGGGGUCAAGAUCGCCGAUAAGUUCGGCCCCGCAUGCCCCCAGAUGCUCCCGGACAUAUCCAAUGAGACGGCGGCGCUGAGGAGAAUGCCGAGGGGGCGGCUGGAGUAUCUUCGGAGGUUGCUGCCCUACCUGGAGAACCAGAACGAAGACUGCCUCUACUUGAAUAUAUACGCUCCAGCACAAGGUAAGGCUUGUAUUAAUUAA